AGUAGGAACGGCGCCGCAACCGUUAUAAAUCCCGGGUUUAUAAGGUGCGAGCCGAUCGGGCAGCUGGAAGAGGGGCUCCUGGGACUCAAAGCAGGCCCUAAUCGGCGCUGGGACUACACUUCCCAGAAGCCUUCACGCCACGGACUGGCCCUCUGCGCGGGGAAGAGGGAUCCCUUCGGAGGGGAAACCGUAGAGGGCGGGACAGAAGAGCAGACUCAGCAGGCAUGACUGGAGAGGGAAGUCCCAAUGGUGCUAGAAUGGUGCUGCAGUGGCAGAAGACGGCUCACGAGUGAGGUCUGGAAGAACGACAGGGAAGACAUCCAUCAUUUGCUCCAAAGUGUGCAAGUCAAAUCCUGGGGAGAAUCAUGAUAACCCUGAUCACUGAGCAGCUACAGAAGCAGACUCUGGAUGAGCUGAAAUGCACACGCUUCAGCAUCAGUCUGCCUUUGCCUGACCAUGCAGACAUCUCCAACUGUGGGAAUCCUUUCCAGCUUGUGUCUGAAGGUGCUUCCUGGAGGGGCCUGCCCCGCUGUUCCUGUGCCGAGUUCCAGGACAGCCUCAACCUCAGCUACCACCCCUCGGGCUUGAGCCUGCAGCUCCGACUGCCCAGCCCGGGAGGUUCUCCGCAGGAGCAGCCCCUGUCCCAAGUCCUAAGUCCUGAGCCCCCAGACCCAGAGAAGCUUCCUGUGCCCCCUGCCCCACCAUCCAAGAGGCACUGCCGCUCACUCUCAGUGCCCGUGGACCUGUCUCGCUGGCAGCCGGUGUGGCGGCCCGCCCCCUCCAAGCUGUGGACUCCCAUCAAGCACCAGGGCAGUGGUGGAGGGGGUGGGUCGCAGGUGCCUCACCAGAGCCCCCCGAAGCGGGUUUCCAGCCUCAGGUUCCUCCAAGCUCCCAGUGCCUCUUCUCAAUGUACCCCAGCCCACAGACCCUACAGCCCCCCUUUCUUCAGCUUGGCCCUGGCCCAAGAUUCCUCUCGACCCUGCGCCGCCUCCCCCCAGAGUGGCUCCUGGGAGAGUGAUGCCGAGUCUCUGUCGCCUUGCCCGCCCCAGCGCCGCUUCUCCCUGUCACCCAGCCUGGGCCCACAAGCAAGCCGCUUCUUGCCCUCUGCCCGGAGCUCCCCCGCCUCCUCCCCAGAGCUACCUUGGCGACCUCGAGGCCUCCGCAAUCUUCCCCGAAGCCGCUCGCAGCCCUGUGAUCUGGAUGCCCGAAAGGCUGGGGUCAAGCGGCGCCAUGAGGAGGACCCCCGGCGGCUUCGGCCUUCCUUGGACUUUGACAAGAUGAAUCAGAAACCAUACUCAGGAGGUGCAGGAGGUGUCUGUCUCCAAGGGACAGCCUGGGAAGGCAGCAGCAUCUCUCCGCCGUGGUUCAUGGCCUGUAGCCCCCCACCCCUCUCUGCUUCCUGCAGCCCCAUUGGGGGUUCCUCCCAGGUGCUGAGUGAAAGCGAAGAGGAGGAGGAGGGGGCUGUGCGGUGGGGGCGGCAGGCGCUGAGCAAGCGGACACUGUGCCAGCAGGACUUCGGGGACCUGGACUUGAAUCUGAUUGAAGAGAAUUAAAACUGAGAGGCUACUUCCUGGGGCCACACAGACUGACUCUUAUGGCUACUAACAAGUGUCAAGGCCCCGAGGCUGGGGGCCCAGCCUGGUAAUGGGGGUGAGUGGAGGGCUCCGACUCAGGGCAGCCGGAAAUCUUCUCACUCCAGGAAGUUCAACCAUGCCAAGAGACUGGCCAGGACAAGAUAAACGGAGCUGGUGGCGGGAGGGACGGCCCCAGAGCAGACCCUCCCAUGGCGGCCCUGAGUGUGAGUAUCCCUGCCCCCGAGAAGGCAAUGGGCAGGGCAGGAAGGGGUCUGCUGGCCCCAGCUCGGGGAAUUUCACCAGCCCCUUUGCUUCAAAGGGCACUUGUGUCUUAGAAUUUGGCCAGGGUGGGAGGUUCAUUCAGCCUCCUUGGAAAAAUUGUGUGAGAGUGUGUGUGUGCAUGGGAGUGUACUUGAAAGGUGUGUUUGUGUAGCCUUAGGGAAGGAAAGCAGUUGCUCCUUAACAGAGCAUCAUGACACCCCCCAGGAUCUUGAGUUUUCAUGGGAUAGCAGGCUUGUUCAAGCAGUCAAAAGGAGCGCACCAAGUUUUUCUUUUUUUUUGUAAGUAGCUCCAGAACCAGAUUUGUAAUCCAUAAACGUCACUGGCCCCGUCAAGGAUUCCCUUUUGGGGUACAGGAGGGUCUUUUAAGCCCUGUGACCUCAGCUAAGAGUCUUUUCUCAGCAUUUCCCCACCCCCCACCCCACUGCACCCCACCCCGUAGACCUUGUAUUGGGGGCUGAAGAGAGCUCUGCACAUUCUUCCGAGCGGGCCUUUCCUUCUCAUAGUUUGCCUAGGCUGUGUACAGCAGCCUGUCGUUUUCUAAGUAGAUACAAGCACAUGGAGAACUGAAAGCAGGAUUGAAGGGCUCCAUCCCUUUCUUUCCCUCCCUACUGAUGGGACCUUUUCCCCUUGCCCUCUGACCUCCAAGGGUUAAGAACAAGGAAGAAAGGCCCAAUAUUGAUCCCCAGAACCUAUUUCGCAGCAUCCAGUCCCCAGCAGGCACAUGGGUGAGCCCACCCCAGCACUGCCCUUUGGAAGCAAACUGUAGGGAAACCUACUGUCAUAAGAUUCAGGCCCAGCCUCUUUUCUGUCCGGCUUGAGAAAAAGGAAGGGGAUGUCAGCAUUUAGUAGUUUGCUUGUCUUCCACUCCUGCCAGGAAAUGUUUGUUUGCCUCUAAUUGGCCCUGAGAGACCUCGUGGAGGUCGGGGCUCACUGAGGGAUUGGCUACGGGGAGGGAAAGGCUGGGAGAAGCAGCUGGGAGCUCCUCGUUGUUGUUGGACUGAGUUUCCUUUUUCGUGUCUUACCCACAACUUGAGCCAGAGCAGCAGGUCCCAGUGGCCACAGUGAUGGGUUUAGGAACUGCAGUACCUUGGUAGAACUCUCAGCAGUGGGGAUGCACACUGAAGCUGCCACCACAACAGUUUAUGAGGCUUUAUCCAGCUUUGGUUAAACCUCACGACCAAAUUGGACCUGCCCUUCUUGAAGAGAGGUAUUUUUCUCUUCCAUUUCCAGGGGGGCUUGCGACCCAGUUCCUCAUGUCAGGGAAGGAGUCUAUGUUUUCUUCCGUAUGGAAUUGAACCUGUCAUUUUCUGGGUCUCCCACAUGUCAGGAGUGUCAGUGAGGCUCCAGCCUCCUAGCCUCUACUCCAGGGAGGUGGCCAUUUCUAUUCAAGCCUCUCCCAGGCUCCCCUUCUGCCAGUUACCUUUAAUACCAUUGAGCUACCAGGUUUGUAAGGGGCCUGAGAGAGGCUCUCUGGAGAAUCCAAGGAAGUGAGCCCAGGAGUGUCCCUCCUUGGUUUCAUCCCUAGCCUGGCUCUUCUCCCUCUUUAGGCCAUAAUUUCUCUGGUGCCAGCUUCUUUCCCCUCUGUGACACCCUCAUCACUGCACUGGGCUGUCUGCUGGAGAUUGGCUUAGCCAGUUUCCAGUAGGCCGCCGACAGUGCCAAUGGGGUUCCAUAGGCACUUAGCUGAAGAAGUGAGGGCAGUAAUUCUGCCUCCAUUCUGGCUUCCUCAAAGCCCUCAGGCACCAUUUUUAGAGGAGAAGUUCUCCAGAUACCAUAUCUCCAUUACUUUAAGAUCUGGAAAGUUUAACUAGUUGGAACUUCCAUCUUGCUUCCCAGUCUAAGCACCCGUGGCCCUGGGACAUGCCUUUUCAAGAAGUGGUUCAUUUUGUUUUACACAAUAGAUCUGUUUCAACAGUUCUGUGUAAACCAAAUGCUCUUUUUCGAUGCAUUUGGACUGCUGACCAUUUAAAAGCAGCCUGUGAUUGCUUCUUUUGUAAAGCAAGCAACCUCCCUCUACUUUAGCUGUUUUGACUCUUUGGAUUUUUCACAUACUGGGCUUACCCAGAGUUGAGCACGCCCCUCCAGGGCUGUGGCCGAUGCUGGGUAGACAUCCGCAUCUGUGUUGUGUGUGUGGUGUGGCUGACCAGUAGGUGAGUAUUCCUGCGUAUGUGAGUGAAGCCACUCCCAGGCUGGUGCUCUCCUCCUGUGCCCGGUGACCGCCCAGUGGCAGCUCCAGCUGCCCUUCACUCCCACCUGCUGCCAAAGUCCCUGUGCUAAUGGGAUUACAAAUACAAAAAAGUGGAAAAAAAUUUUUCGUAAACUUUGUUUUAUAUUAAAAAAAAUCCAUAAGUCUGUGUGUGUUAAACAUGAGGUCCUGCCUCUGUGGCUGUGUUUGAAAAAAUAAAGUUUUAUUAGAAUAAUCCA